UUGAAACUGCACUGUCUGAUCUCCAAACGCGUUUCAAGCUCGGUAAUCCCUAGCCAUGACUGCCGACGACCUCUGCCAUACCUGGACCAAGAUCCGAUCAAGGACCAGUCGCAGCUGCCUGAGUUGGCUGCUGGGUUUCCAACGGUGACUCUGUGUCAUACUUAAGGAAGGAAGGUCGCCACGACACGCCCCCCGAGAUUUGCCUCACGGUUUCCGAAUCCUUUUCCAAGAUGCAGUGCGCGCAGCUGUCGUUGAAGGAUCGCGCUUGAAGGCGCGCACUGUCGAGACAGUAUCAGGGAGACGGAGACGUCCAUGGGGACGACGAGGGUCUGUCUGUCGGGUUGCAAGCCAAGCGUGGGUCAGUGGAGGUCGGAUCUCGUCAAGGCACGGAGACGCAACUCAGGUGAACUGGAAGGGGAAGAGAUGAGAUGAGUAGCAUGUGAUCAUCAUUGUGGAGGUGACGCGUCUGACAUCGUUCGACUGGUCCGUCUCAACUGGCACAGGGACUCCUGGCGAUUCUGUUUCUGUGCAGGAGGUUUGCUCGUGGCAUGUGGAGCGGUAGUUGAUAGCGACCUGAUGGGUUGCACUAGUCGUUGUGGUGGUGCUUCUCGAAAUAAAGGCUCUUGAUCUGUUGUUCUCCAAGAGGCCGUGUACCCACUGCAGCAGUGUUUUUGUGGCUCGGAUAGUGAUAGAGAUGAUAGGGGUUUUCUCGUAGAGAAGUGACCAACGUGUGGCUGUUUGCAGAGGAACUGGAUAUGCCCAGUUUGGUUUCCGAACAUCAGCAUCAUUGCAAGAGUGGGUUUGGUUCUGUCAGACAUUAGAGGCAGCGUUGGUGCGAGGAAAUGUUGGUAGUCGCUUCCUAUGCAGAGGGUUCUUUGUUCGAGGUCUUGGGUCGAGGGCAGCGUUCACGAGCGAUGGAAUACCGUCAAUCUCUCAGCUGAUUCGGCAAAUGGAGCUCGUGUUGGGUGACGUUGGAGUUGGUAUUACUGUUGCAGUUGAAUGGGUCGAGGAUGGGGGGCUUUUGUUGGUAGGGAAAUAGAGAGAGUGGAGAUUGUGCAUGAUCCAUGGAGAAGUUGGGUCUGCCCUGUUGUGUGACGUUGCUCCUGGUGUUGUGGAUCAUUGCACGUCCCAGCGCAGGACAAACGCCCGAAGAGCAAGAGAGAUUUUUAGAUGAUAAAGAGAAGAAAGUGCGUCUCCUCGCCCAGCAUGCUCUGUUCCUGCAGCUUGCGGCAGAGUCGACCGACUGCGUUGGACGUGCAGGUUUGUCGAAUUGCGUUGACAAAUGCUCCCGUCAUUCGUGUUUGCCAACGCUGAAAGAUCAUUUUACAUGUGUUCAAGCCCCCAGAAACGUUACAGAUUGUCGGAGCUCCGGCAACAGCAGUGGGGCGUGCUUGCACAUGAACGUAGACUUCACCAGAAAUGGGUUUGUGCGCGUUCCUCCACAAUUCCGAGAUUAUUCAAAUCUGAGUCCAGAGCUAACGAGAGCAAUCUGCUCUCAGUCGAACCUUCAAUUCCCUGCCAGCAGUGAAUCCAUUUUUAACGAACUUACCUUUUGGAAUUACUUUGGAUCUGCGGAAGGAGCAUGGCGUACUUAUCCUGGCCGGGAAGCUGAUCCUGAGAAAGGUUGCAUCGAGUACGACCCUCGCAAACGGCCCUGGUAUAUAUCAGCAAUAUCUGUUGUCAAGGAUCUGGUAGUGCUUCUAGACACAGGGCAAGUAAACGGUUCCACUUUCACAAACACGAAGACUGUCAUCCAUGAGUUAUUUGGCACUUUCAGGCCCGAUGAUCGCAUCAACCUGGUUACGUUCAACUCCACAAGUGCUACUCUACUGCAAUCAACCUCCGUAAUUGUAAAAAAGGAUGAACCUGUUAACCAGCUUUACAACACUUUCAAAAUUCCUUCACUGUUAAAUACUCCUUACGGAUUCUCAAACAUAACUCGAGGAUUUGCGACAGCUAGAACAGCCUUCAACUCGACCAGCUUACUCAAGAUGAUCGUGGUGCUGACCGAUGGAAACUUCGCAAGAAGUCCUGGAUUCAACAAUGACACUGCACUCCAACAGAUGGUUGCAUCCCUCAGCUUGGUCAACGUUAUUGUGUUCUUCUUCAAUUUAGGAGCAAAUACUGUUCCUGACCCACUUCGUGAGCUUCGGAAUUUAUCUUGUCAGAUGAAUAGUACGGUCACGUAUGUUAGUCCUGUAGAUGCUCAACGGAAUCCGCUUUGGGCCUUACGCCCUUUUUUUGAUUACCAAGCCACGUUGAGACAGACAGUCAACAAUAGUUUCUGGAUCGAACCCUACGAAGACUUUGAUGGAUUAGGCCUUGUUGCCACUGUCACAAAUCCAGUUAUGCACGAAGGAAUUCUUUAUGGAGUAGCAGGUAUAGAUGUUGUUGUGAAAUCAGAUGUUUCUAACGCCAUCAAGCGGAGAGUGGUAGAUGGCAACGUUGGCCCGCUUCCACUGGUUUGUCAACCAACUCAGGUCAACCUUACCAAGUGUACCAAGCCAGUGGGACCAGAAGAUAAAGCAAUCUGCCCGCAGAGCAUGUACCUGAACGAUCCGCCCACAGAAGUUUAUUUAAAGAACUUAUGCUGUAAUAACUGUGUCUUCCAGGGACCUCCCCAGAAAGACAUUACAAUGACGUUGUUAGCCGCGAUCAUCCCUGCCCUCCUCGUUCUCAUCAUCAUUAUUUUCGCCUACUUUAUUUUGAAGCGAAGAGCUGCUCGGUCCAUCAUUCGAGAAACUAAAGAAGAUUUUGCAAGGCAAUCCAUUGCAACGAAUCAAUACAGCUACAAGGAGCUGAAAGCAUGUACGCAAAAGUUUCAUGAGGACAAAAAGCUAGGUGAAGGUGGCUUCGGAGAAGUCUAUCAGGGGAAGUUGAAAGACGGCUCACUGGUCGCCGUGAAGAAGCUAUCUGAGAAUUCAAAACAAGGAGCUCGUGAGUUCCUAAAUGAGGUGAUGGUCAUUAGCAGAGUCCAGCAUCGAAACCUUGUCAAGCUGCGGGGAUGUUGCGUGGAGGGGCGUCAUAGGCUGCUGGUCUACGAGUUUCAAGAGAACAGAAGCCUUCGUCAGGCAAUACUUGGUGGUCCUAAUGAAGCUAUUGAUGUUAAUUGGGAAACCCGCUUCAACAUAGCCUUGGGGACGGCACGAGGUCUGGCCUAUCUCCAUAACGAAAUCACCCCUCGAAUCAUUCACAGAGACAUAAAAGCUAGCAAUGUUCUGUUGGACCGCAAUCUGGAAGCCAAAAUUGCUGACUUUGGGUUGGCUAAGUUGUUUCCAGAGGAACAGUCUCAUUUCACCACCAACGUUGCCGGCACAUUAGGAUAUGUUGCCCCCGAGUAUGGGACGCGAGGUCAGCUAACGGAGAAGGUGGACGUAUUUAGCUACGGCGUAGUAUUGAUGGAAAUUGUGACUGGUGAGCUUAACAGGAAGCGCACUCCUUCAGGAUCGUUGCUUUUCCUCGUUGACAGAGUCAGGUGCAUGUACAAAAUGUCGCGAACAUCACAUGACGAGCAGGUUUUGGUGAAUCUCUUGGAUUCAAGGUUAGAUGAAAAUUUUGACACUAAGCAGGUCCUGAGGGUUUUGAAGACUGCCCUCCUGUGCACAUUGGACACGCCGGAGGCGCGACCCACAACUCCCCAUAUCAUCACAAUGCUCUUGGGUAGUGAACCUAUUGACGAAGAUCUCCUGCUACCCCUUGUAAAACUAGAGUAUUCUAAAUCUUUGCACGCUGUAGACUAUGGAUUGAAUGAGGAAUGGUCUGGGAGCGAUGAACCACCUCUUCUUAGUGAAGUUUCAUCAAGACGUUAAAACUGAGUAGAGGAUGACUUCUACUAGUUAAAUCUAUAAACCCUAAAUAUAUCUUCUAAGUGUACGAAAAAAGAUUGGAGGCGGUAGUGACCUGUUCCACCUCGGACCUAUAGAAAAGACACAUUUGAUUUGGAUUCCCGUAUUGUUUAACCUCCGCAAUUUCCCUUUGGAAGGACGGGGUCGGCAUUCAACUCAAUUGUUUCAGAAUGCAUAUGUAUUACAACAAAUUCCACUCGCCAAAAUCAUUGCAAUACAAACUACAUCUACUCGGUUCGUUUUGACAAUUAA